AUGUUGGAUGUCGUUCCUUCAAUGGAGGAAAUUAAAGCUGCGGUUUUUGAUUUAGGGGCGGAUAGUGCUCCAGGUACGGAUGGAUUCUCAGGGUGUUUUUAUAGACAUUAUUGGGAUUUAAUUCAUCAAGACUUAUCUAAGGCUAUUAUAUUUUGCUGGAAUAACAAAACUAUUCCUCAUGGGGUUAAUUCUAGCCUCAUUCUCUUGCUUGCUAAGGUGAGAGUAGCUGAUAGUUUAAGGAAAUACAGACCUAUUGGUCUAAGAAAUUUUUUCUUCAAAAUUUUUACUAAAAUUCUGGCUACUAGACUUGGUAAGGUCUUGGAUAGUUUGGUCUCGGAGGAGCAAGUGGCUUUUAUGAAGGGGAGGAAUAUUCAUGAAAACAUUAGUUUGGCUUCUGAGAUGGGAAAUAUGAAAAAUCUGACAAACUUGGUGAAGUUGCUUGAUGAUCAUCAACGUGCUUCUGGCCAGCGUGUUUGUAGAGAGAAGAGCAAGAUAUACUAUGGUGGUGGGUCUCUAAAUAGGCGCCAAACAAUUGUGGAUUUCUUGGGCAUAGAAGUCACUUUUUUAUCGAAUCGUUAUUUGGGUGUUAAAGUGAUGCAUGGGGCAGUGAAAUAUAAGCAUAUCAGCAAUGUUGUGGACAAACUUAAAGACCAGCUGUCGGUUUUAAAAGGUAAGAUGCUUUCCUUUCAAGAUCGGGUGGUGCUUGUUAAAACUGUUCUUUCUAGCUGCGCGAUACACAACAUGGCUGUGUAUAAGUGGCCAGUAAAAUUUAUUCAACAAUGUGAACGUGUGAUUCGUAACUUCCUUUGGUCGGGGGAUUCGAAUCUUUUUAGAGCCUUUGUGGUGGGAUAUGACAAGAUAUACAGUUCGGUGAAGGAGGGAGGUGUUGGGAUAACUAGAUUGAGAACUAUGAACAAGGUGCUGAUCAUGAAGCUUUGGUGGAGUAUUAAAUCUUCAAAGAAGAAAUGGGCUCGGUUCUUAGAAUAA